AUGACCAACCCAACAGUCACCUAUGGGCGUGGUGGCGCCGGCAACGUCACCACCAAAGACAGCAAGUCGCCUGCUUUUGAGCCCCAGACUACUCCUUCGCUGAAGUCCAAGACGUAUACCACCGGGCGAGGUGGAACUGGCAACAUGGCCAAGAAUGACCCUGACCGCCCAGAAGAAGCUCGCCGUGCUCAAGAUGUCGAUGUCCCUGUAAUUACAAUUCCGGAAGGUGUCCAUCACACCGGCAGAGGCGGUGCCGCCAACCUGUACAAGCCCACUGAAGAUGAACAGCGCGAGGCUCGAGCACACAAUGAAAAAGUGCGGUCCGAAUCCUUCAACAAAGAAAGGGGCACUAUCCGAUCACUAGCAGACAAGACAAAGGACACGCUGACAGGCAAGCAUCACGGCGACAAGUGA